AUGACUUCUGCUCCUCCUCCAUUAGUUCAUGAUGCUUUAGAUUUAAUUGGUAACACACCAUUAAUCAAAUUGAAUAAGAUUCCUCAAAGUUUAGGUAUCAAAGCCAAAAUUUAUGCCAAAGUAGAAUUAUUUAAUGCUGGUGGUUCUAUUAAAGAUAGAAUUGCUAAGAAUAUGAUCUUAGAAGCCGAAAAAACUGGUAGAAUUAAGCCAGGUUAUACUUUAAUCGAACCUACUUCAGGUAACACUGGUAUUGGUUUAGCUUUAGUCGGUGCUGUUAAAGGUUAUAGAACUAUUAUCACUUUACCAGAAAAGAUGUCUAACGAAAAAGUAUCAGUUUUAAAAGCUUUAGGUGCUGAAAUCAUCAGAACUCCAACUGAAGCUGCUUGGGACUCACCUGAAUCUCAUAUUGGAGUUGCUAGAAAAUUAGAAAAAGAAAUUCCAAAUGCUGUUAUUUUAGAUCAAUACUCUAAUGAAGCUAAUCCAAAUGCUCAUUAUUAUGGUACUGGUUUUGAAAUCUGGGAACAAACUGAAGGUAAAGUUACUCAUUUAGUUGCUGGUGCUGGUACUGGUGGUACUAUCACUGGUAUUUCCAAAUAUUUAAAAGAAAAAAAUUCUAAAAUCGAAGUUACUGGAGCUGAUCCAAAAGGUUCAAUUUUAGCUCAACCUGAAUCAUUAAAUGAAAGUACUGAAUCUUAUAUGGUUGAAGGUAUUGGUUAUGAUUUCAUUCCAGAUGUUUUAAACAGACAAUGGGUUGAUAAAUGGAUUAAAACUGAUGAUUCAGAAUCUUUCAAAUUAGCUAGAAGAAUCAUCAAAGAAGAAGGUAUUUUAGUUGGUGGUUCAUCAGGUAGUGCUUUGCAAGCUGCUUUAGAAGUUGCUAAAGAUUUAACCGAAAAUGAUACUGUUGUUGUCGUUUUCCCAGAUUCCAUCAGAUCUUACUUAUCUAAAUUUGCUGAUGAUGAAUGGAUGAAAACCAAUGGAUUCAAAGUUGAAGAAAAUUCCAAUGCUUCUCAACAAGAUAAAUUCUUAUCAACUAAAACUAUUGGUGAUUUAGUUGAAGGUAAAGCUCCAGUUGUUACUGUUACUUUAGCUGAUACUAUUGAAAAGACUUUCAAUUUAUUACAAUCUAAUGGUUUCGAUCAAUUACCAGUUUUAGGUACUUCAGGUAAAUUAGUUGGUUUAGUUACUUUAUCAUCAAUCUUAAAAGCAUUAUCAAAUAAGAAAGUUCAAAUGACUAAUUCAAUUAGACCAGUUAUCAUUGAUUUUAGAAAAUUAGCAGAUUUCGAAAAAUCUUUCUCCAUUACCAAAGAAUCAGGUUACAGUAAGAGACAAUAUGAAGCUAUUUCCUUGAAAACUCCAUUAAUCUUAUUAAACAAAUUCUUUGAAACUAAUUCUAAUGCUAUUAUCACUGAUGAUGAUUAUAAACCAAUUCAAAUUGUUACCAAAGUUGAUUUGAUUUCUUUCUUAGCUAAGAAUACUUCAUUCGUAUAG